GAGAGAGGAGAGAAAGGGGGAGAAGGGAAACCGAGGGAGAGAGCAAGAAAAGGGGAGAGAAAGGGAGAGAGAGAGAGGAGCAAGAGAGAGGCUUGGUGUUCUGGAUACUGUGGAGAACUAUAUAAUUCAACUAGGGAUUGUAGCAGAGUCUUGCAAGCACUAGUGAAUCAAAGGUAAAAAAAAACAAAAAAAAACAAACUGAAAUUGGAGUUUCUGACUGGGAACCUUCGACAUAUUGAAGAAUGGCCAGCUCUGUUCUCAGUCCCCUGUACUGCUGCUUGCUGGCAGUGACUCUGCUGUGUUUCGUGACAGAGCUGAUCGUCAGUCGGCUGUGUAACUCGCUCAUCAAUACGGUGGACUCCUUCCACACCCUCUUCAUCUUCCUGCUCCUGUGCCUCCCCGCUGUGGACCGCCUGGCUGCCCGCCACCUCGGGGCCCCCUCACGCUCGUACGGCUGGAAGAGGCUGCGACCCCUGGGGGCCAUGGUGUCUGCUCUGCUCCUCGCCUCGCUCUGCAUCUCUGUCUCACUGGAUAUCCUCAGCCACCUCCUGCGACCACACCCCAUCCAGAGGCCUGCCCUGGCAGGAGCGGCUGGGGCCCUCGGGGUCCUCUUCAACCUGGCCGUGGCCGCGGCGCGCUGGGCAGGGAGGUGGGACCCUGCGGAAGUGUCGGGGGCUGGAGAGGAACCCUCAGCAGGAAUCGUUAUGGAAGCUACUGAUGUGAAGAGCCAAAUGGAUGAGAGCACCUGUGUAGAAGAAUGUGCCCACAAUACAGACAGCAAAGUAGGAGAACACUGGACACAAAUACAGUCAACACAAAGCACAGCGCUCAGCACUGUGACUUCACUGCUGUACUGCAGCUCUGAAGCACGCUCUGUCUCCUAUACUGACCCACAAGCAGACUCCGAUCCCAGUGACGGUCAAACUGACACCCAGCUGGAUAGAAAGAGUGAGGAGCUAGGUUACCUUGGCAACCCAGUCAUCUCACCAUGUUUAAUUAGUGAGUGUAGCCCCAGAGCAGUGGAGGAUGGUGGGGGACUGUUCCUGGGAAACCCCUAUGCAGAUAAGCAUACCAGUGCAGCACAGUCAGAAACAACAGCCAACGGGGAGGUUGAAACGGAGCAAAGGUCAAUGCAAAUUCUGAAAGAUAUGGAGAAAACCCACAGUGGUGGCAUCCUCUCUGCUCUGGACAAGGUGAAAUGCAUCCUGGGACCUUUACUAGUGCUGGCGAACGGACUGGUACAUCUGAUGAGCCACGACUGUCUUUACAGUGGGCACUGCCACCUCUAUCUGUACCUGGACCCGGCGUUCUCCCUGGUAACCGUGGUGAUCUUGCUCACCACUGCCUUACCCUACCUCAGACGGUACGGCUUCCUCCUUCUCCAGGGGGUUCCAGUCCAUAUCCGCCUGGAGAGCUUGAGAGAGCGGAUCCUGAAGCUGCCGGGGGUGCUGGUGAUCCACGAGCUGCAUGUGUGGCAGCUGUCUGAAUCAUACACUGUGGCGUCGGUCCACGUCCACUGCUCCUCUGUGGUAAGCUUCCCAGACCUGGCUGUGGAAAUCAAAGAGCUUUUCCGCAGUGUGGGAGUCCACAGCUCCACUGUGCAGCCUGAAUUCUCUCCAAGACUGCAGCAAACAGAGCAAAUGCUGGGUCUGUGUGACCUGGCCUGUGGGAGGGAAUGUGCGAAGAAGCUAUGCUGCCAGUGGCGGACAGAGAAGGAGCAACAAGGACCACCUCCUGGAGAAGUCUUAGGCCUUGAAGAGCAUCCCAGAGAGCUGGUCAUUGAGAAUAUGUACCUUUGAAUUGGGGAUUUCCCACCAAUGCCAUUUUUAUUGUUUUGUUUUGUGCAUGUGUGUAAGUUCAUGUAAGGUGCAGGAUUUUCAGUCUUCUCUGUUUACACCGUAGUAAUGUCAGCUUCUCCACAUUGCUAGCUAGCCUCAGGCCUGCCCUGGACUGGAGGGAGCAGUUCAGUCUCCAUGCCUCAAACCUGCCCUUGACUAAAGGGGGUACCCUUUCUCUUAGGGGGUGAGGGAGGGAGCAGUUCAGUCCAUGCUUCAAGCCUGCUGUGGACUCAAACCUGCCCUGGACCGCCCUUUCUGUUAGGUAGGGCUUGAGUAGCUCUUUUUGAAAUUUC